AUGGCUAUCCCAGAAUUCGCUUACAAGGAAGACCCUGAAACCUUAGUCCUUUUUGAUGUCGAUGGCACAUUGACACCAGCCAGAUUGACUGUGUCUGACGAGGUUAGAGACGCUUUGGUUAAAUUGAGAAAGAAGGUCUGCAUCGGUUUUGUUGGUGGUUCUGAUUUGAGCAAACAGUUGGAACAGCUAGGUCCAAACGUUCUAAACGAAUUCGAUUAUGCUUUCUCUGAAAAUGGUUUGACCGCUUACAGAUUGGGUGAAAAAUUGGCGUCACAAUCAUUUAUCAACUGGAUUGGUGAAGAGAAAUACAACAAACUGUCUGUUUUCAUCUUGAAAUACCUGGCAAGCAUUGAACUGCCAAGGAGAAGAGGUACUUUCCUUGAAUUCAGAAAUGGUAUGAUAAAUGUUUCGCCAAUUGGUAGAAACGCCUCUACAGAAGAACGUAACGAGUACGAGAAGUAUGACAAAGAGCAUCAUAUUAGAGAGAAGUUUGUCGAAGCUCUAAAGAACGAGUUCCCUGAUUUGGGUUUGACUUACUCAAUCGGGGGUCAAAUUUCCUUCGAUGUUUUCCCAACCGGUUGGGAUAAGACCUACUGUUUGCAACACGUUGCCAACGAUGGCUUCAAGAAGAUUCAUUUCUUCGGCGACAAGACUGCUAAAGGUGGUAAUGACUACGAAAUUUACGAAGAUCCAAGAACCAUCGGACACGCCGUUAAAACACCACAAGACACCGUUAGAAUCUUGAAAGAGAUCUUUGAUUUAUAA